UCUUUGAUGGUUUUAACCCCGGUUUUGUCUUACGUGGCGCUGAAUCAGCGUGGACCCACGUGGGCCCUACAUGUCAUGCUGCCACAUCACCCUCCUCUCUCUCUCUCUUUUUCCCUCUUAUCUCCCUUCCUCAUCUCUCUCUCUCUCCCUUCUCUGACAGCCGCAGGCAGGAGGAGGAGGGUGUUGGCGGCCGGCGAGGGGCGACGCGGCGGCAAUGAUGGCGGCGACGGGGAGAAGCUGCUGGUGGGUGGCGGGGAGGGGCGGCACGCGGGCGGCGAGGAGCAGCGCGCGGGCUCCCCCGCCGGCCGCCGCCCACGAGGCUCACGAGGCAGAGGAGGAGGCGGCGGGCGGCACGGCGGCGACGACACGGCAAAUUACUGAGGAUAUCACCAAGGUCCAUAUAAACAAGAUAAUCACCAGGCAAAUUACUGUUGCUGCUACUUCACCAUUUGUGCAUUUCCUCUUCUACUAUCUUAGCUGCAGCUCGCACGCUUUGAGUACGUGCAUUGUUCAACUGCCAUUUCUCUCCUCAAUUCCAAAAAAAUAUAUUCACCUUUUUCUCAUUCGAGCUAAACCAUUUCGAUCAAUGAAAUUCGGACGAUCUCCAACCCUUCUACUCCUCGUUGGGUUCCUAUGGUCGCAGCUGCAGUUCGGCGCUGAGGCAGCCGGCACGACGGUCUUCACGAUGCGCAACAACUGCACCUACACCGUCUGGGCGACCACCUUGUCCAGAAACACAGCGGUGGCCAUCGGGGCCGGCGGCUUCGAGCUGUCGCCCGGCGCCAACGUCUCGUUCCUAGCCCCGGAUGGUUGGUCCGGCCGCUUGUGGGCGCGCACGGACUGUGCAACCUCUGGCACCGCGUCCCUCGCCUGCGCCACGGGGGACUUCGGCGGCGCCGUGAGCUGCUCCCUCGGCGGCGCGCCGCCCGUCACCCUCGCCGAGUUCACGCUGGGCGGUGGCGACGGGAAGGACUUCUACGACGUGAGCCUUGUGGGCGGCGGCCGACGGGGGAGCCCGGGCGCCGCUCCUCCCCCCGCCAUGAAAAAAUGA